AUGCUUGCAACGCCAUCGCCCGAGUCCUCCUCAAAUUGGGACUUCGCUGAAGUCUUUGAUCUGCUCAGCUCCCCUACAGUCGCAAGCUUUCCGUCCGGUCCACAUGGCCAUGCAUCGGGUGCUCCCCCCAGUGAGGCCCCCAGUGAGGCCCCCAGUGAGGGGCAACCCAGACAAGUCAAGCCGCAAGAAACCAGUCCGCAUCCUGUGACUGAGACCUCAACAAAGCUUGGGGACUUUGGCUUGUUGUGGUCUCUGCUUAGCCGUGACUCUACUUUAUAUGAGAAGGCACCGGCUUCCCACGACAUCCGACAUUCACCUUUCCAUUCUCAUUCGUCCCGCACGUCAAGUGACCUACCCAAAUCUGCAGUCCACUUCAAACAGCCUAUUGCAAGUGGCUCUCAGAAUUCCCAACUGUCGAAACAACUCGAAGCACUUGGCAACUCUAAUCAAGAGCAACCCGCGAAAGUCAUAUCUGAUGCUGCCCAAGCGGAUUUUGUGCCAAUCUCGCGCUAUCCUGUCAAGUCUUCACGUCACCAGACUAGACCCGAGGCCUUAGGAUUCGGGUCUGAGCCGGCCCCAACCAAAGCAGUCAACCUCCGCCAUCAGACAAACGAUGUCAAACAGAAGAAAAUCAAUUCUAAGCCCAUACAGAAGAACAUUGGUUUCCGCGCCGAGGCCGAACCGAUGCUUUCUGAGCCUAGCACCAGCGCAGACUCCGAUACUAGCUCAAGCACUAUCGUAUUCGAUCAACCCAUCACGAAGAAAGCUGGUGUCUUAGCGUUUGUGCCGCCUCAAGUAGGCAGCAGCGACGUGCGACGUGGUCGUGACGAGACGCCUCCAUCCUCUUACGAUGAAGGGGAUUGGAUGCUCCGUUCAGAUAUCGUCCAAAAUAUCAUCACAACUUCAGCAGGUAUCAAGGUUCUACCCGCUGUCUACAAGACCGGUGAGGAGCGCCGGCUGGGUCUGGUGACAAAAUUACUUCACGAAUUCCCUGACUAUGCUCGACUGGUACUACAAGUCGGCCGAUCUCCCACCGCUAUGAGGAGGGUCGACGAGCCUCGACCUAUCCAUGUCUUUGUCGACAUGUCAAACAUUAUGGUGGGCUUCCACGAUUCGGUAAAAGUUUCGCGGAAUAUCCCUGUUGCCACUCGCAUUCGGCGUCUACACAUGUCCUUUUCCAACUUCUCUUUGAUCAUGGAGCGCGGCCGCACCGCCGCUAAAAGAGUCUUGGUUGGCUCGGAUCGCCUGCCGGCCAUUACCGAGGCGGAAAAGCUCGGUUAUGAAGCCAACAUUUUAGAUCGUGUGCACAAAGUCAAGUACACAACCCCACGACCUGUCAAGGGCCGAAAGGCCCCUGGUUCCACCAGUCUCUCCUCGUCUGGACCUGAAACGGUUGGCGCAGGAGCGGAGCGGUGGGUAGAACAAGGUGUUGACGAAAUUCUUCACCUCAAGAUGCUCGAGAGUAUCGUGGACACUGACGAGCCAUCGACCAUUGUCCUAGCGACCGGUGAUGCCGCGGUCGCGGAGUAUUCUGGCGGAUUCAUGCGCAUGGUGGAACGAGCUCUCCGGCGCGGUUGGAACAUCGAAUUGGUGAGCUUCUCGCAAGUGAUGAGUUACUCCUACCGCAAGAAGGAGUUUCGCGCGAGAUGGGGUCACCAAUUCCGGAUUAUUGAGCUUGAUUCCUAUGUGGAGGAACUUUUUGAGUAG